UUUGUUUUGGUCACGUGACCAAAACAAACACCACGUGACCGGAAGUGACGUCACUAGCUGUCAAAACAAGCAGCACGUGGCCGGAAGUGACGUCACCAGCUGUCAAUACAAACAGCACGUGACCGGAACUGACGACACUAGCUGUCAAAACAAAACAGCACAUGACCGGAACUGACGUCAUCAGCUGUCAUAACAAAACACCAUGUGCCCAGAAAUGCUGGCACUACCUGUCAAAAGAAAGGCCACGUGGCCGGAAGUGACGUUUUUUCUGCGGCGACCGGAAAUGAUGCUUUUUGCAGGCGACCGGUGGAACAUGUCCAGGCAUGUCUCCCCACAGCCUCUCAGCGGUUGGCUAAGGAAUAUCACAUGGCCUGCCCCGCAACCAAUAGGAAGAGUUUUCAGAACCCCUAAAGGAUUCACCAGGGUGUGCAGUGCUUUUCAGACUUUCAACCCGUCGGGAACAGUUGCUGAUUUUAAGCAGGAGACAACAUGGAAACCCCCAGCACCCCGAUGAGGCCUAUAGAGGUGUCUACCCCGAUGGCACCAGAGAGGCCUAAACCCAGAAAGCGUUAUCUCAGCACCAGCUCUGACGAUGAACAGUUCCCACCAACAAAGACCCCACAGGAGGAAGAUGAGGAGAUCUCACAAAUAUGGCAAAGCUUGUUGGACUCUAUCUCGAUACCAAACUCUAUAAUGCAGGAGCCAGCAGCAGAGGCUGUAACAGCUGAAGAACCUGAGAAGUGCAUCAAUACUAGCAUCCCGCCGUCACCUAUUGAGCUUUGGAAUAUGGCUUCUGCAAGUAACAUUCACAUUCAGGCUCCUGAAGCAUUGGCAAACAAUCAGCCGGCGCAUCUCACCCUGAAAAAUCUUCUUGGACUGUCGAUUGAUGAAACACAGCACAUUUUACCAAGAAAGCGUCGAGGAGCUAUGCGUGGAAUUGUCAGAGCAACCAUUUAUGGCAUCUUGAAACACUGCCUAAGCCAGUAUCUGUAUGAGAGCUGUAUUGGAUGUACAAUACAGGCCCCUGGACAGAGCUCUCACGAAUGUACAGUAUGGACAGAAAAUGACAUUUCCACAAAACUACGCAUUCUUUGUGCAAAACUCUGGUUUCAGCCUGUGUUGCAUGUUGUUAUCCUCAUUGGUUAUUCUCUAAAUUGUCUUGCUUUGACCUCAGAGAAUGUGGACCAGGUCUUAAUUCUGACUACAGAGAUUAGCAGAGCUAUAAAUCCCCGAAUGUACCUUGAAAAAAUUAUGAAGACCACCGACCAAUCCUUUCUUCAACAUGUAGAACGCGUAAUCAAAGAUCGGCCCUAUAAGUCAUUUCUUACAUCUAAACUCCAUCUUUUCAAUUGA